AUGUCUACACUGUAUACGUGUUCGAUCAGUGGUGAACCGGCGGAGGUACCAGUUGUAUCGCCAGUUUCUGGACGAAUUUUUGAAAAACGGCUUAUUGUCAAAUAUAUUAACGAAAAUGGCACUGAUCCAUUUAAAAACGAUACGCUUACGUUAGUUGAAAUCAAGUCCGAUGUGACAAACGCAAUGCCACGAACUAUAGCGGCAACAUCAAUACCAUCAAUGCUAAAAGUAUUGCAAGAUGAAUGGGACGCAUGCAUGCUUAAUAGCUUCAUGUUACGUGAGCAGUUGCAAAAUGCACGUCAAGAAUUAUCGCAUACAUUAUAUCAGCAUGAUGCUGCUUGUCGUGUGAUUGCGCGUUUAUCGAAAGAAUUAAAUGCUGCACGUGAAGCACUUUCAACACUGAAACCACAGGCAGCGGUUGACGUUGGCAGCAUACAAGAUGAAAUGGAAACAGUUGAUGAGGGUGUGCAAGGAAUCAAUGAAGUUGUGCUGAAAAAAUUGCAAGACAAAGCGGCUACCUUGACAGCUGCGCGAAAACAACGUGGAAAGAAUUUGCCAGAAGCAUUAUCAAAACCAGAGCUAGUAAAGACAUUCACGCAAAUAGCAUGCCAUACUGGAAUUCAUAGUACAAGUGUGCCUGGAUUGACAGCUCUUGACGUCCAGGACAAUAUGGUACUAACAGGUGGAAUUGACAAGGGCGUCGUUUUGUUUAAUAGUGAAACAGAAACAGUUACAGCAAUAUUCAAAGGACAUCAAAAGAAGAUAUCGGCCGUUAUUUUGCACCCAACGAAGGAAACAUGUCUUUCGGCAUCUUCUGAUGGACAGGUUCGAGUUUGGUCUAUCAAAGAGGAAGCUUGCCGUUAUGUAAUUGAAACUCAUGAAAGUGCUGUCGCAGAUAUAUCGUUGCAUGCUACUGGCGAUUACGUCCUCUCUGUUUCGAAUGAUUCUUCUUGGGCUCUCUCUGAUAUUCAUUCCGGAAAGACUCUUUGCAGAGUGCACUCUGAUGAGAAGAACAAGGUGCCAAUUUGCUGCGGGCAAUUUCAUCCAGAUGGUCUUAUUUUUGGUACUGGCACAGCUGAUUCCAUAGUAAAAAUUUGGGAUUUGAAAGAGCAAACAAAUGUUGCUAAUUUCCCAGGCCAUCAAGGUAUGGUGAAAGCAAUCGCAUUUUCUGAAAAUGGUUACUAUUUGGCGACAGGCGCAGAGGAUGGUGAAGUAAAAUUAUGGGACUUAAGAAAAUUGAAAAGCUUCAAAACGAUGACAAUCAAUGAAGGAAAGCAUACGCUUUCGGGAAUUUGCUUCGAUCAAUCAGGUACUUAUUUGGCAGUAGCAGGGGCUGAUGUGCAAAUAAUACACGUUAAACCAUGGAUUGUACUUUCUACAUUAACGGAACAUAAGGAUGCCGUUACAUCGGUUCGAUUUGGACGUGAUGCACACAGUGUUCUAUCAGUUGGUAUGGAUCGCUCAUUACGCAUCUAUGCUUCGUCACAGCAGUGA